AUGGUUUACACAGAAAUUUGUUUAGAUAUGACAUUCUUGUGCCCAAAAUGUGUGAAAGAAAGGCCUUUUCCAACAUGGUGUCAAGAAUGUGGUGUUAAAUAUUUUGAGAAAAAUUCUGACAAUUGGACCAGUGGAGAGCCAAUAAUAGAUAAAGUUAUAAAAUAUACACAGGAGAAUUCAAAAAUUCCUGUUGAUUUUGUGGAGUGGAUUCCAUAUGAACAAUUUGAAAAAAGAGAAAAAAUUGGUCAAGAUGGAUUUGGAAGUGUUUAUGGUGCCUUUUGGAAAAGCGGGCCGAGUUUGAUGUAUGGAAAUAAGUUCAAAAGAGCGAAAGGAAUUCGAGUUGCCCUGAGAAGACUAAAGAAUAACACACUUCAUGAGAGUUUGAUGGGGCUUUACAAGAGUUUAAAAUGCUUUACUGAUUCAAAUUUUUACACAGCCAGUACUGUAUACAACCCUGAAAUUUCACCAAUAAUUCGUUUUUAUGGUCUUACCAAAGAUGCCAAGGGAUAUUUAUUCGUAAUGCAAAUUGCAGAACAUGGCGAUUUACAAAAAUAUCUAUUUGAAAAUUUUGAUAAAAUGAAAUGGUUCGAUGAUAAAUUGCUUAUUUUAGCUAAUAUUGCAAAUGGUCUUAGAAUUAUUCAUCAAAAUGGUUUAACUCACCGUAAUCUUAAUUGUCGGAAUAUUUUAAUUGGUGAAAAUGGAAUGGCUUAUAUUACAGAUUUUGGACCAAUAAGUAAUACUUCUGAAAAUACCGUAUUAUCACAAAAUAUACAAGAAAUUAUACAAGAAAUUGAACUUUAUAUUAAAAGAAAUACUCCAAAGCCCCCUCCGCCAUCAAAGAAUUUUGGAAAUUCAAGUGGUCAAAAUGGUUCACAUAUUGCUAUAGGACCAAUUCCAAGCUAA